AUGGAGUAAAAGGCUCUUAGCCAACUUUAUAAGAAGAGAGUAAAUCACAGCAAACCCACCUUUGACACUCAUAUUGUACACUUUGGUGCAUGCUGGAAGCAGUUUGUCUGCAGCAACUCUGAGAACACCUGCACAACACUCUUCUUCCUCCAAGCAGACUGUUAACCACUUUGCAGCUCAAGCUCUACACCAUGUGCCAGUCACAUCACAUCACAGGGAUCUAUUGUGACUUCAUUCAAGCAUCAAAGGAUCCAGAGACAGGCAUCCUGCGGGCCAGAGUGCGAGCUGAGCAGGUCCCUCGGGGGGAUUCCUGGACUCGGAGUCAGUUCCCCCUCUCACCCCUACCCCAUCUCUGGCAAUGGUGCCCUCGUGGGCUCUACCGUGCAGCUGGGGGGGUAGGAGAAGAUGAAUGGUGGCUGGAGAGCCAUCAGGUGGUCUCUGGUGUGCCAGAGAUACUCCUCCGCCAACUACACAGAUGAGGCCAUAGCAAAGUAAAUACCUGAGGCUGGCAGCACUUCUUGGGAGCAGGCCUGGUUUGAGAGUUUUAAAUAUAUAUACUUUCUAACUGAUUCUUCUUUCUCUCAUUUUUUCUUUAAACAAGGUGACAUGAACAUGGAUAAAAGGAAGAUGCAUUUUUAAAAAAAUGUUCAGUAAUGCAGUAUUAAUAUAAAUCUGUUGUGUUAUAAAAUGUUUAUUAAAAAUAUAAUAGGACCUUCCUACAAAUGGUGAAGAUGAAGUACUUUAUUCCACUGAUCACAAAAUGAAAGCCAUUUUUUGGGGGGAGUUACAAAUAAAAACAGGUUUUUUUGGCCUGUUUAGAUGUGUCUUGUUCAUUAUUGAGGGGGAAUCAGGGUGGGAAGGAAGCAAAGCUAGAGAACUGCAGAGGACAGUCCCUGCUUCUUUUGUAGCUGUGUUAUAAAUAACAGUGCGAGUGAGCUUGACAGGUCUCUUAAGGGUGGGCUGCAUUGUGGGAUAGCAGUCUGAGGACCAAUUGAACUGGUAGAGCAGUGGCUAGUCUAGACAGCAAGUGAACCAAUAAUACUGGCGGAUAACAUAGGGGUUAGUCUUACACUGCCAUGGUCAUUACAGUUCCAGCUGCCUGUACAUCACUGGCAGCAAUCGUAAUACACAUUACGUG